CCGGCGCCGGUCGCACUGAAACGAAUGAUUUUGCCCUUCGUCUCUCUCUGUCUCUUUGUGUGUGCGCGAACGUUAAUUUCCGUUAUUUUUCGUGAAUUUGCCGUAGGGAACGUGGACACGCGAAAAGGAGAACAUCAUGUCCGGAAUAGCGAUACUACGCCUGUACGAGGAACGAAAGGCCUGGCGGAAGGAUCAUCCCUACGGAUUUGUGGCCAGGCCGGCGAAGAAUUCCGAUGGCUCGAUCGAACUGAUGACCUGGGAGUGUGCAGUUCCCGGAAAGAUGGGAACCCUUUGGGAGGGUGGCCUGUACAAGCUUCAAAUGCUGUUCCAAGAUGACUAUCCGGCCACCCCGCCCGAUUGCAAGUUCGUGCCGCCCCUGUUCCAUCCGAACGUGUACCCGUCCGGCGCCAUCGCCCUGUCGCUGCUGGACGAGGACCAGGGCUGGCGUGCGGCAACGACGAUCAAGCAGAUACUGUUUAGCAUUCAGGAGCUGCUGAACACGCCGGACGUUUCGUAUCCGGCCCACACCGAAGCGUUCGCGAUUUACAGCCGCAAUCCGUUUGAGUACGACAAGCGCGUACGUGCCCAGGCCAAAGCAAAUGCGGUGUAUUAAAUUUAUGUUUCGUUUUUUUUUUCAUCACUAUCCCGCCCCGGGCGAGAGAUGGCAGUAAGAUAAUACGGAUCGAUAGUAGGGUAAGAGUAGAGGUUCAGCCCGGAUGGCUGGUAAACCAGUAGGGUGUGUCUCUCCCUCCGAACAAAGAGCGCGUUGAGUAGCAGUUAAGCAUAACGUCACAGGUGUUACACACUCACAUUCGUAUCUCAUAUGUUAAGUUUUUGUAUUUUAUCUCUUGAUCGGUGCGCGUUCAGUUUAGGGGGAGAAGCCGUUUAGGCAGGUUGGAAUUUAACUCUAGGAAGGAAUAGGGAAGCACGGGGGUGAAAUCAAACUUCUAGAAUUACAGCCAAACAAACUGCCUUUUAAACCGUCGCCGUCUGCGAAUGGCCUGCUGAGGGAGGAGAAUAUUAUCAGAAGAGAUAACAUCAAACAUUAUCGAAGCGCAUGAGUGUGUAUUGUCGAUCUCCCAAGGAAAUCGGCGCUGGGGACAAAAAAAAAAGGAAUCCCAGCUUUCGUCGUGAGCAAAACGACAUUGGGGCCCUUUCCGUUUGAAGUUCGUAGGCUGAAAUUUCAGCCUGUCAGCUGUUUUCAUUGUAAAGCAGUUUUCGAGCAGCUAUC